AUGCCUCUCCUUCCUGUUUUUGACUCCGCCACCGCUGUGUGACGGCUCAUGUGUACAUCCCGGUACAUAAGCCUCCCACUUGCCAGGGUCUCCCACUUUCACAGGAGCUCACCUGCUGAAACCCUGCAUGCUACAGACGUCCUCACACCUCCAGCACUGUCCUCAAGCUCGUCAGUCGUCCUUCUGCUGAGUGAUUUUUCUUUUUACCGUCCAACAGCACCAACAGGCUACGGUACUGAGAAGGAUGAGGCGAAGAGAGACUCCCCUCUUCAAACAGCAGUCCACCCCCUGCUUGGGAAAGGACAUGCCACGGCAGUUUCCCAAGAUCUCCUUGAGCGAGGUGGACGAGGAGGUGCGCCUGAUAGCGGAGAAGGUGUACGCCUCAGCGCUGAAGGAGGAGGAUAACAAGAAUGCACUCUCCAUGUUCACCGUCCCUGAGGACUGCCCCAUCGGCCUGAACCAGGCCAAGGAGCACGAGCUGCUGAAGGAACUGGCAGAGCAGCAAUCUGAGGAAACCGCCAAGAGGAAGAAGAGUUUUAGGUUGAUCCGGUCUCAGUCCAUGUCCUUGCAGAUCCCAGUCAGCGCAGACUGGGCCUUGUCCGUGGUGUCCCCUCUUCUCUCGCCUGCCUCAACCUGCCCUUCCCUCCCGGACAAUUUCCCGGAGUAUCAGAGGGUCACCAUCAGCGGCGAUUACUGCGCUGGGAUCACAGUUGAGGACUAUGAACAGGCCGCGAAAAGCCUGCUAAAAGCACUGUUCAUUCGAGAGAAAUACUCCAAGCUGGCAUACCAUCGCUUCCCCAGGACCACGGCCCAGUUCUUACGGAGCACUGAAAAUGAAAAGUGGAGGGAAGAGGAUGAAAUUCUUCCAGACAUCUGCCCCCGUCCCCGGGAGGGGGAGGACCCCUUCAGCAUGGAGGACAUCCCAGAGGACCUCAACUAUGAGCUGAGGAUGAAAGAUGGCAUCAUCUAUGUGUUCGACAACGCUGAGGCCGUGAAGCUGCAGCAGCCCCGCAGCCUGCCCUAUCCCGACCUGGAGACCUUUGCCAUCGACCUCAGCCAUGUCCUCGCCAUGAUCGCCGACGGGCCCACGAAGACCUACUGCCACAGACGUCUCAACUUCCUGGGAUCCAAGUUUUAUCUGCAUGAGAUGCUCAAUGAAAUGGCAGAGCUGAAAGAACUGAAGAGCGUACCACACCGAGAUUUCUACAAUGUCAGGAAGGUGGACACUCACAUCCACGCUGCUGCUUGCAUGAACCAGAAGCACCUGCUGCGCUUCAUCCAGGACACCUACAAGACAGACGCCCACCGGACUGUCUUGGAGAAAGGGGGGAAGAAGCUGACCCUCAAGCAGGUGUUUGAAAACUUGAACAUGGACCCCUACGACCUCACUGUGGACUCCCUGGAUGUACAUGCUGGCAGACAAACAUUUCACCGGUUUGACAAGUUUAACUCCAAGUACAACCCAGUGGGAGCCAGUGAACUCAGGGAGAUCUAUCUGAAAACAGACAACUACAUCAAAGGGGAAUACUUUGCACGGAUCAUUAAGGAGGUAGCCCAUGACCUGGAGGAGAGCAAGUACCAGCACGCCGAGCCUCGACUGUCCAUAUACGGGAGGUCCCCAGAAGAGUGGGAGAGCCUGUCCCAGUGGUUCAUCCUGCACAAAGUGCACUCUCCCAAUAUGCAGUGGAUCAUCCAGGUGCCCAGGAUAUAUGAUAUUUUCAAGUCAAGGAAGUUGAUACCGAACUUCGCCAAGAUGUUAGAGAACAUUUUCCUCCCUCUCUUUGAGGCCACAGUGAAUCCCCAAAAGCACAAGGAGCUCCAUGUCUUUCUGAAAUAUGUGACUGGGUUCGACAGUGUGGAUGAUGAGUCCAAGCACAGUGACCACAUGUUCUCUUAUAAAAGCCCCAAACCCGAGGAGUGGACCACGGAUGACAACCCGCCCUACAGCUACUACCUCUUCCACAUGUACGCAAACAUCAUGGUGCUCAACAAUCUCCGGAAAGAGCGCGGCCUCAACACCUUCCAGUUCCGUCCGCACUGUGGCGAGGCCGGCUCCAUCACCCACCUGGUCUCUGCCUUCCUCACCGCUGACAACAUCUCCCACGGCCUAAACCUGAAGAAGAGCCCUGUGCUGCAGUACCUGUACUACCUGGCGCAGGUGCCCAUUGCCAUGUCCCCGCUUAGCAACAACAGCCUAUUUCUGGAAUAUUCCAAGAACCCUCUGAGAGAGUUCCUGCACAAGGGGCUGUGUGUGUCCCUGUCCACUGACGACCCCAUGCAGUUCCACUACACCAAGGAGGCGCUAAUGGAGGAGUAUGCCAUUGCAGCACAGCUGUGGAAGCUGAGCACCUGUGACGUGUGCGAGAUUGCCAGGAACAGCGUUCUUCAAAGCGGCCUGUCCCACCAGGAGAAGAAGCACUUCCUGGGGGUGAACUAUCUGAAGGACGGGCCGGAAGGGAAUGACAUUAGGCGGACCAACGUGGCCCAGAUCCGCAUGGCCUACAGACACGAGACCCUGUGCAACGAGCUCAGCUUCCUGGUGGACGCUGUCAAGUCCGAGGCCAUAGCCUCACAAGCGCAGUGAAUGCCUCGCGCUUAGCGCAGGGGGAAGAUAAGCACACCUAGAGCUGAUCUGUGGGAAAACAAUCAGUGGUCCAUAUUCCAGUUAUUGUUUUUGACAUGUACCUAGUCGGCUGUUGCAACUUCUGGAAAAAAAAAGUCAGUAAGUAUAUCACCCCAGGGAAAGGAUUUUGUUGAAUGCAGAGUAACAAGCACAUACCAUGUCCAUUCAUGGUCCACAAGGCUUGCUAAAUCCAACCAUACUCUUGCCCUGCAUUUUGUUUUUCACAGACCCACUCUAGGUGCCUCUGAAAUGCAGGCCAGUAAUUGCACUAAUGCAUGGAACACCUGUCUCUGUGAUUUUACAAGGAAAUAUCACUUACAACCUUCAAGAGCUGUAGACUCACUUCCACCGCUUGUAGGGGGCGGAGUUACAUAAAAAUGGUUUGCCUGCAUGCAAAACAGCUUACUAUGUGUGUACA